UGUCACUUGGUGUGGUGUCAAAAAUUGACAGUUGGAAAUGGCUGUAGGUGAAUAAUUUUUCUUCAUGGACCAAUUAAAUUACUAGUAAUUAUUUCUAAGCGAAAAUGCAUAAAACCUACUAAACUCGACGAGGUUCAAAGGGAAUGUUGUGAUGGAACGGGGACUAAAAUUAGGAAAAUGUAUUUUCUUUAAUACAUUGCAAUUUCAAGUCGCUCUGUAUCGCCACAGCCUGAUCUUGCCCCGCUUCGCCUCCGCAUGGCGUGCUCCUCCUACCACAACAAAGAAUGUUAACUUCCAAUCAAAUUUUUGUCAAUACUUAACUAAAUUCCAUUCCCUUGAACCUAUAAAACCUAAAAACGUCGACUCAAAAUUACCACAUCUAUCUAAACUUUCAAAGUUUGAUCUAGUAAACGGCUUCCCGAAAACCUUUUUCAAUAGAAAACCUAAAGAUAGUAAACCUAAAAAAAAGAGGGUGCCCAAACUAAUAUUAUUACAAAACCCUUUUACUUGGUUAAUGACGAAAAUAGACUUCCGGGUUCUUCGAACCAUUUGGGAUCCUUCAUUUAGAGAAAAAGAUUUCAAGAUUGGUACAAAGCAGGCCAUUUCUCGCGUAACCCACGUCAUCAGCGACGGUCAAUACAACGAGCUCAAUGGUCUCCUAACGAAGCCCGCGAGGUCCAGCCUCAUGCGAGAAUUGGAGCGGAACUGGAAUGAUCGCCAGCGCUCGCUAUUAGCCUUAAGGCCCAGUGAUAUACAAAUCAGCGCGCCUAGGAAAGUCUACUUCAUCAGGAUAGCAGAUAAAAAAUACUGUGACGUGGACAUGGCUUUCCUGGCGCUCAAGUGGGUCCCGAUCAACCACUUUGACGCCCUGAUCUUCGCCGAGGUCUUCGCCAGGUUCCACCGAGAGUACACCCCUCACUGUAUCCCUGAGUGGACCAUCGCGUACUUCAAGGUCACCAGGUUCCAGGUUUUGAGACGCCAAUAGACGCUUCGAUGUUAAACGGGAGUUUGAUUUAGUCUUCUGAACAGGUAGGUCAAUCGUUGCGAAUGAGAAACUAAAAGUCGCCGUCAAUAGAAUUUGUGAACAAUGUAAACAAACCUUGUAGUCAAAAUGUCUUUAAUUUCCAUUCUAACUCUGAUACUGGCUAAAUCCAUGUGUUAUUUAAUCAAUUCAUAUCACAUUAUGAUCCUCAACCUUUAAAACAAUAAACUUGUGCUAGAAUAUUGAUAUUUUAUCUAAUAGUUUGUUUACAUUGUUGGCAAUUUCUAUUGACAGCGAUUUUACUCUUUUCUAGUCGGCAGUUGACUUUUCUUUCAAAUAAAUUGACACUUGUGCUAAAUAGUGAAAUUUUUUUCCAGUCGAAGAUUGUUUUCCAAAUUAAUUGUGACAGGAAAUAAUUAGUUAAGCACUUGAAAACCUGAAAAACAUUAUCGUGUGUACGGGGCAAAAGUAGACAUUUUGGUAUAAUUUACUCUCAAGUUUUGUGAAAUUCUGUCUUAUUUGUAGUAGGCGUUUUAUUUUUGGAUUCGUCUUGAUGAUGUGGAAUCAUGUGUGAUUCUAAUUUUAAGGACGUUAUUUGAUACUUUUCGUGGAAAAAAAACAGUUUGGUUAGGUAAGCUGUUCAAAUAGUAUUCAUGUAGUAUAUUAACAAUCAAGUUAUGGUCGAUCAAAAUAAGAGUAGAAAUAUAGUGUUCUCUGUGAUUUCCGACCAUUAAAAAAUGAAAAAUAUGAUUGAAUAUUAUUUAAUAUUAAUCAUUUACCUACUAUAAAAUAUAUUUUCCUACGAGAGUU